GCCCAGCUUGUCUGUGAUGAGGCGGCCCUACAGCGCACUGAGGAUAAUCGCAGGUGGUUAAGGGUUACAAUCUGCCGACAAGAGGCAACAGAAGGUGUCGAUUUGUGUCUGACGGAGCAUUCAUCUGACGCAGAUUUAUGGUACAUUUUUCCCCCCGAGAUCGAGUUUUUUUGUGUUUCUUUUCCCCUCUCCCUCUAUGAUCCAUGAUGCGGUUCUCGGCUCGGUUUGUCGCCAGUUGCGCCCUAGUCAUCCUCUGCACGCUCCGGCUGAUUGACGGGGCUAAAGGACAGCGGCAAUGUAGUGAGACGGACUACUACUACGAGUACACAGAGUGUGACAGCACAGGAUCUCGCUGGAGAGUGGCCAUCCCACAGAGCCCAGGGGCCUGUACUGGACUACCAGAGCCAGUCAGCGGCACUAAGUGCACCUUCUCAUGCGAGGCCGGAGAGUUCCUUGAGAUGUCAGCUCAGGAGUGCACCCACUGUGCAGCAGGAAGCUAUUCCCUUGGCAGUGGCAUACGCUUCGACCAGUGGGAUUCCUUGCCGGCUGGAUUCAGUAGCUUGGCAACCUCCCUGGAAAACAGUCCUACUGGAGCUGACACCCUCACCUGCAACAGCUCCUCCUGGGUGCCUCAAAGAAGCUACCUGGAGUCCAACAGGGAUGAGUGCACAGUCUCUCUUAUUUAUGCUGUCCACCUGAAGAAACAGGGCUCUGUCAGCUUCGAGUACCAGUAUCCAGACAACAACCUGCUGUUUGAGUUUUUUAUCCAGAACGACCAGUGCCAGGAGAUGGGUCAGUCAUCGGAUGCCAAAUGGCUCAAGCUUACCAAUCACGGUGAAUGGGCGACACAUACAGUGAACCUGAAAUCUGGCACCAACAUCAUGUACUGGAGGACAGGUGGAGUCCUGAUGGGGACCAAAGUGGUAAAGCCUGUUUUACUGAAAAAUGUUCAAAUAGAAGGAGUCGCUUACACGUCUGAGUGUUUUCCAUGUAAGCCGGGGACAUUCAGUCAUGUCCCAGGCUCCUCCACCUGUGAUCCCUGCCCACGCAACACUUAUUCCGGUCACGGUGCCAGCUCCUGCACCCCCUGCAACACCACCACUCAGUAUGCAGCGGAGGGAUCCGCUGUGUGUAGAGACAAACCUCCAUGUUCAAAGAAAGACUAUUUCCAGAUCCACACAGCAUGUGACCAAGAAGGCAAGACGCAGAUAAUGUACAAGUGGAUUGAACCUAAGAUCUGUCUGGAGGGAGCGGCUGGAGCCGACUUGUUGCCUCCAGGUGGAGAACGAGAGCCCUGCCCCCCCUGUAACCCUGGUUUCUUUAACAAUGAUACAGCCACCUGCUCACCAUGCCCACCUGGGACCUAUUCUGAUGGGAUGAAACCGUGCACAAAGUGUCCUGCAGGCACUGAGCCCACCCUGGGUUACGAGUUUAAAUGGUGGAAUGUUCUUCCUGCAAACAUGAAGACUUCCUGUUUCAAUGUGGGCAACUCCAAAUGCGACAGUAUGAACGGCUGGGAGGUGGCAGGUGAUCACAUCCAGAGUGGAUCGGGAAGCUCAGAUAAUGAUUACCUCAUCCUCAACAUCCAUGUUCCUGGCUUCAAGCUCCCUACAUCAGUGUCCAGCCAGUCUGGGACAGAAUUUGGUCGUAUCACAUUUGAAUUUGAAACUGUGUGCCAAGCAGACUGCGAGCUCUACUUCAUGAUGGAUGUAAACAGGAAGAGCACUACCGUGGUGGAGUCGUGGGAGAGAACAAACGCAAGACAGACGUUCACACACAUCAUGACAAAGAAUGCAUCAGUGUCGUACACGUGGGCUUUCCAGAGGACUAACCAACCUUCAGAAGUACGCAGAAGUCUCAAUGACAUGGCACGAAUUUACUCCAUCACAGUGAGUAACGCUGUCGAUGGAGUGUCCUCCAGCUGCCGGGCCUGUGCCCUUAGCACCCAGCCCUCCAGCUCUGCGUGUGUGCCAUGCCCACCUGGACAUUACAUAGACGCAAGCACCAGCCAGUGCACGGAGUGUCCACGCAACACAUACCUCAUUUCUCACUCCACACCAGGCCCAGAUGCCUGCAAGCCCUGUGGACCAUCCAGCAUGAGUGACAAGGACCACAGGUUAUGUUACAGUGACUGUCACUUCACACACAUAGAAGGAAAUGUCACUCUGACUUAUGACUUCAGCCGUCUUGGAUCUGUGGGAUCUCUGAUGAACGGUCCCAGCUUCACCUCCAAAGGAACCAAAUACUUCCACCAUUUUAACAUCAGCCUGUGUGGAGGAGAGGGUCAGCUUGCAGUAUGCACGGACAAUGUCACCGACCUCUCUAUUGCGGACUCCCAGAGAGAGAAAGGCGAAGGAUCCACUGCUGUCAAGACCUUCAUCUGUCAGUCCACAAUAAUCCCAGCUAACGGACGAGGCUUCCACACAGCACUUGCGUCGCAGUCCAUCAACCUAGCCGACGUGUUCCUUGGAGCGACAGUCGACAGUACACUUAAUGGAAUAAAAGCAGGACCUGAGCUGUACCCGCAAACCUCCAAAAAGGUUCCUGAUGUCAACUUCUACUACAGGUCCUUGGAGGCAACCUCGUCUUGUGAUUCAGGCCGGAGUGCUGUGGUGACUCUUCGCUGUAACCCAGAGAAGAACACUAAAGAAGAUCUCUCGGUUCCCAGUGGGUGCCCGGCAGGAACCUGUGACGGCUGCACCUUUAAUUUCUUAUGGGAGAGCUCUGGAGCGUGUCCCACAUGCACAGAGAGGGACUACCAUCAGAUAGAGGGAGCCUGCAAGGGAGGACAGCAGGACAUGCUGUAUGUGUGGACGGAGCCCAAGCUGUGUAUUGGAGGAGUAACACUGCCUGAAAAGAAAACAUUACCCUGUGAGGGGAUGGAGUUUUGGAUCCGGCUCGGUGCAGGGCUCGGAGCCUUCACUGCCGUGCUGCUUGUCUCCCUCACCUGCUACUUCUGGAAGAAGAACAAAAGGUUGGAAUACAAGUACUCUCGCUUGGUGAUGUCUGCCAAUAAGGAGUGUGAGAUGCCAGGAGCUGACAGCUGUGCUGUGAUGGAAGGAGAGAACGAGGGAGACAUGGAGGAUGAAGUUGUGUACACAAAACCCUCUUUACUUGGAAAGCUCAAAGCCAUAGCAUCUAAGAAAAACGGAGAGAACUUUGAACAUGUGCAGCUUAACUCAUCCCAUUCAAAAGCAUUGGUUUGGAGCUAGAGUGGCAGAAACUGGCUGAGAGGGGAAGGAUGAGAUCCUCAAAAGACUUUACACUGGACAACCCCUUUAGCCAACCACCCCCUCUUUAAGCUUUGGUUCCUGGAACUGUGUGGUCAUUCACAAACACACACAUCAAGCACCUGGAGCCGGGUUCGGAGGAGUCACGCAAACACGGUGGCCUUAAAGCUUGUUACGACGGAUUCGUCCCACCUGAAGCAGAAUGCUGUGCUGCUGGUGUGUGUGAUGGACACUUCCUGGUAAUAUAUGAUAAAAACUGAUGUCAGAAAGGCUGUUAGAGGAGCUCAGGGUAAGACAAGGACCUAAUUGAUUGAUGUUCUGUUUGUAUUAGUUUCAGUCUAUGUAGUGUCUAACAUGUCUUUAAAAAGCUGUGGUGUCAUUACCAGGCUGGAUAUGUGUCUAUUUUCCAAAGAUGUUUACACAGACUGCUCUGUUCUAGCCAUUUGAAGCUGCUAUCUUCUCUUCUUUUUGUUCUGCUGCUGACAAAUUGAAAAUGAAGAUGUCAUGUGAACUGAGGGAAGGUUGUGUUAUCGACUGUCCAUGUACGUCAAAUAAAAUAUGGUGUAUUUAUGUAA